UUAAAAAAAAAAAUCGGACCCUAAUUCCCCGUAGGGUUUAAGGGGGCCGGGCGAGGAGGAGGAGGAGGAGGAGGAAGAGGGAGGAGAUGCCGCUGUACGACUGCUUGUUGCUGGCGAAGCCGCAGGUGCGGAAGGAGGCGGUGAUGGAUUUGGUGGCGCGCGUGGGCCGCCGCGUCUACGAGCGGAACGGCCUCGUCACCGACCUCAAGUCCUUCGGCACCGUCCACCUCGGCUACGGCAUCAGGAAGCUCGACGGCCGCCACUUCCAGGGCCAACUCAUGCAGAUGACCUUCAUGGUUCCGCCGAAUUUUAAUAAGGAGCUUCAAUACUUAAACAAGGAAGACCGACUACUGCGCUGGCUCAUCGUGAAGCACAGGAAUGCUGUAUACGGUCUCGAGUUCAUUAACGAGGACGACGGGAAGGAUGAGCUGAGCCUGUUCCGUACUUCUGGCUUGUACAGUAAGGAAGACGACGACGACGACGAUGAUGAAGAUGACGACAACGAUGACGAAUAUGACGUGCGGUAACAUCAUGGUAAGUUUGAAGACGCUUUUGAAUGGUUUAAACACACUUUGAUUUUAAAAUCGUUGGUACUGGAACUCUCGCAGGCUUUACUUCUUUCACUAGUUAGGAUCGAGUGACGCACAUAAAUGAUCAUAUGAUGGAAUAUGAAUUUCAUAGCUAGAAAAAGUUGUUGUUUGCUCGUGAUUUCAAUUAUAUCUGUAAUUCCUUUUGUUCGUAGUACAAUAUUGUGGCGCGGAUAGCUUGUUGUAGAUCUUUUAUGUUAUCUUAUGUCGUUUCUCUCGGAUGAACAAAGAGAAUAAAUGAAGCUUGAUGAUCCUGUGAGGAAGAGGUACCACUCUUUAUAUUUUGGACAUUGAAGAAAACAAAGAAAGAGAUAGGUCCCUGCCUUA